ACUUGCCUGGAACUGUUCGUUCUGGAGUGACAAACCACACAUAAACACACCGAUUGAAUGAGUGCCAUGUGGGAUGUGGCAACGUUGCAAUUUCUUUUCUAUGAGUUUUUAGUUAUCAUCAAUCCUAUCGUCCAGUAUUCUGUUAUUUAUGUGAUUAGAGAAUGUUUCUUAGUUGUUAAUAAUUUAAAAUGUAAAGAAUAAGUAAUGAUUGCCUUGCUGCAUCUUUGUCGAGUUAGUGUAGAAAAUUAGUGUUUUGCUCUUAUUUUUCUAAAAUUUGUGAACUUCAUACCUACUUGUGGAGUUGUCAAGAGUGACAUUUGUGGUUAGAUCGCUUUCAACUGGUGAUUGAAAUCUUUCAACUGGUGAUUAGUGUUUCAAAUGAACUGUUGUUAGCUUUCAUUUGAUUUGGACGGAACUUGCAAUAUUUUUAAAAGCUGUGAAGAUAACAAUAACAUUUUUAGAACGCCGUAAUGUUUGUAUGUCAGUUCCAGGAAAUUUGUGACAGUGAUCCACUUAAGAAAGUGUAAAUUUUUAAAGAUUGAAAGAGAUUUGCAAUUCUUGUCAUCGAGAUGUUUUUGUUGGUAAAUUUGCGGUAACUUUCCGCAAAUAUACUAUUAAUUUCGGUGUUUGAAAUAGCCUUGACUUGAAUUUAUUUGUUAUGAAUUCAAUUACGGCGCCGAACCAUUAUUGUUAUCAUGAAACGUUUCAAGUCUCAACUUUGUGAUAUCAGAUUGGGGUUGACUAUAUUAUUUCAAUAAAAUAGGAUUCGUCAAUAAAAUGAUCAAAAUCAAAUCAUUAUUUCGUAGAGGACACACUGGCCCCAGUGGUGGUAAGAGACAGAAUCGGCCAGACGAUUUUGGUGGCCAUCUUGGUGCAUCAGCUGUUCCCAACAAUAACGAGCCACCGAUGCGACCGGCAGCGUCUGUUAGUAGUUUGGAUAGCAAACAUUAUAAAAUUGGAUCCUUACCGCCUCAGCCACAAAAGUGGCUAAAACCAGCUCUGAAUGACGAUAGUAACCCAAAGAAAAUGGAUGUUGAUUAUAUGAAAACAGAAUUCGAUACGAUGGUUCAAGAGAAAGCUAAUUUGGAGGCUAGGGUUCAGGAGCUCAUCCGUUGUCAUGGAGAGGUUGAAACUUUGAGGAUGGAGAUAGCAAAAUUGAAGGUAUGUUGAUGUAUUUAUCGGUAUUUAAAAGUUUCUUCAUUUGUUCUGUAGUAGUAAUUCGUUAAUAUUCGAAUCUUAGUAUCGUAUCUUCGUAAAUAGCCAAUUUCUUGUCAUAGGUAACAGUCACAGCUUGCCUCAUACAUUUUCAUAGUCUGUUGCUUUUAAAAUGUGACAUCAACUAUUGCUUAUCGUUGGUAAUUGGUAUCGAUUUGCUUAGUUUUUAAUGCUUCUUGUUAGUUGGCCGUUGAGUGAGGGUUCAAAAGUCUUAAGUUUGAACUGAUCUAUGAGCUUGCAUCCACAAUUCAACAUGGUACUGUAGACAUGAUUUCUUGUUAGUCUGUAGACUAUUUUGUUACAUAUACUAUAUAAACGUCUAGUAUAGACCACAAUAUAUAGACGUUAUAUGGACCAAGUUUCUUGGUCCUUAUAAUGUAUAGUGAGGUCCACGUUAUUAUGACAGCGGAGACAUAGGAGGACAGCGUUGUUGAUUUUCUGCCUUGCCACUGCCUUCUAUAAAGGAUAGAUGA